AUGGGUGUUCACAAUUUGAGCUCUGGCGAGGCCUUCAAAUCCGCAAUCACAGAAAACAAAGUCGUCGUUCUCGAUUGUUUCGCAACCUGGUGUGGUCCUUGCAAGGUUAUCGCGCCUACAGUUGUCAAAUUCUCAGACGAAUUCCCCUCCAUCCACUUCGUCAAGAUCGACGUCGACGAGGUCCCAGACGUAGCCCAAGAACUCGGCAUCCGCGCCAUGCCUACCUUCCUUAUCUUCAAGGACGGCGAGAAGGUGCAGGAGGUUGUGGGCGCGAAUCCUCAGGCGUUGAAGGCGGCUAUUGAUAAGGUUGCUAGUGCUUAG